AUGGCCGGAAGCGACGAGGAGGAACACGAGCGAGGAGAGAGGGGGAAGGGGAGGGCGAGAGAGGCUCCACCCAGGAAUGGAACUCCACCCGUAACUGGGGAUGAUACUAGGGACCAUGGAACCUCAUGUGAACAGAACAAGAGUGAGGAGACUCCGAAACCUGACAACUCACAGACGAACACUCGAUCGAUGGCCGUCCCGCCAAAAACUGCGCGAGUCUGCCCAUCGGACGCCCCUAGGGAGACUCAUAUGGGAGCCACCUCUCCACCCGCACCACCUGCUCCUUCUCUGCCAUCAUCCACUAUCAUGCCACACUCUCCCGACCAUUCCCAUUUACCUCUACCCCCGAGCACACCGCCCCCCACAGCACCGACGCCCAUGCCCACGACAACCACGGCACCAGCAACGAUGCCGACACCCACUCCGACACCGCCACGCCCAUCGGCCCUGCUACCUCUGCUGCGAUGUGCGCUCUGUCGCCUGCUUGUGGAAGCGCCGACCACACUCAACUGCGGACACACACUAUGCUCGAAACACAUGACACCGGAAAGGGAGGAACAGCCGGGCCCGAGUAUGUCAGCACAGAGACCGUGUCCAGUGGAAGGAUGCAGACCCCGACAGCCCAACCGAGUGCGAGUACUAGGCCGUCCGAGUGAACUCGACUCACAUCCAGGAGUCACCUUUACGCCCGCCCAUUCUGCUCUAUCCGACUCUCCCUCUCCCCUCAGGGGCCGUGUCGUCAAGCUCGACGUUACUGUUUCAAAGCUGCUCGAGGUCAUCACCAAUGCUGCACGCCAGUCCACUGCCACUGCCCCUGCCCCUGCUCCUACUUCUGACAGACACAGACACAGACACCACUCAACCACUCCCGAUGACGAGUCUACCGCUCCGAUCGACCCUCGCCCUCAAACUGUACACCCUCGAUCCUCACCUCCCGAUCCCUCUCCCGAUGACUCGGACUCGGAUUCCUCAUCUCAGUCCCCACCCCGUCCUCGUAAGAAACUCCGUACCCAUCCGCCUGCACAUACUUCCACUGGUAUACCAGAUCCACCCUCUACUCCCUCCUUUGAAAAGGAGUUGCUCAACGAGCUCACUUGCGAGAUAUGUUUCAUGCUCCUCUGCAAUCCAAUCACCACCCCUUGCCAACAUACUUUCUGCAGCACCUGCCUCGAGCGUUCACUCGAUCACAGCACCAAAUGCCCUCUCUGUCGUCUCGAUCUUCCACCCAAUUCAUAUUUCUAUCAGCACGCACACAAUGAGGUCAUCACCCAGAUCAUCGCCAAGGCGUUCCCAACACUACUCGAGGAGCGUGUCGCAGCAACAGAGACCGAUGGCAGAGACUCACGCCUCGAUACCCCAAUCUUUGUCUGCCAGCUCUCUUACCCUGGCAUGCCCACCCUCUUGCAUUUCUUCGAACCCAGGUAUCGACUCAUGCUGCGCCGGUGCCUGGCUUCUGCGACUCCUCGCUUUGGCAUGGUUAUGCCCCGACAAAACGCCAAUAAUACAGAUGGGAACGAUUAUGGAACCAUGCUCGAAAUAAAAAAUGUACAAAUGCUCUCUGAUGGCCGCUCCAUGGUCGAGACUUACGGAACAUUUCGUUUUCGGAUAUUGGAGCGGGGCACUUUGGACGGGUACUUGGUCGGGCGCACUGAAAGGAUUGAUGACUACCCUCCCGAGGUCGAAGCUGAAAUCGAACGAAUCGCACUGAUGAACCCUAGCGAAGGCGAUAUCACUCUGCGGGGCAUUGAACGCUCCAACCAGGAACUCGUUAAUAUCUGUCGUAGGUUCCUCGACCAACUUCGCAACGGCACUGCCCCUUGGGUCGUCCAACGCCUCAACAACACGUAUGGGCCCAUGCCUGCCGAUGUUGCUAGCUUUGGUUUCUGGGUGGCGCUGGUGCUACCUAUUGAUGAACAAGAAAAGGCCAAACUAUUACCUAUUCGUUCUCCACGGAUGCGUCUCCGUCUAGUUGUUCACUGGAUCGAACAACUCAACAACAACUGGUGGUUUUCGUCAGGUCCGGAAGAUACGCCAUGGGAGGUCCGAGAGGUAGAACGAGAUCUCGUUGUUCUAAUGGGGACGAACCUGGGGCCCCCUGUAUACGAUGAGGAGAGCCCUGCGCGCUCCAGUGGUUUGUGUGCGGGAAGUUGUGCACGUUCGGAAUACCUUGCCGGUUGGUUGUAG